AUGAUGUCGUCGUCUGUGUUUUCUCUUCUUGAUAGUGAGCCACCCGCAACGCAGGGAAUAUGGGAGGAAACAUCUCAACAAGAGGCCCAAUCACUUUGGUGGAAGGCCAAUGAUGUGAACCAGGAUGAGUAUUUAUCGUCUAUAGUAAAUAAACCAAUGGAAGAGGAAAAGGGAAAAGUAGAGAGGAAUAGAGAAGGAUAUACAUUUACACAAUGGGGAGGAGCAACAACAACAAGAAGAAGAAUGGUUGAAAACUCUAUUAGGAGAAAUGAUCUUAAUGAGAGUUUUUCAGUUUCUAUGCAUACUUCCUCCUUUACUGCCAACUCUCAUUUACUUUCUCGUAUUAUGAUGAUGAUGCUGCGUGAGGCUAAUGACAUUGCAACAGAAGAACUUCUUCAGACAGCCUCUACUGUAGAAAAGAUUUAUCUACACAGUAAAGAGAUUCACAAUACCUUCAAUGAAAAAGGAAAUAAUUACAAUAAUAAUAAUAAUGAGUUUGAGGAUGAUGAUGAGGAUGAGAAACUAUGGAGUUUGAUACGAGAGCAGUUAAAGAUAAUACAAGAGAAGAAGCAAAUAAGUAAAGGUGGGAGCCAAUACCACUUACUUCACACCAAUAGAAUAAAAGAUAAUCACCAAAUACCGCCUUUAGUCCCAUCCCCUUCUUUAUUUUCUAAUAUGAAAAGUUUAUUAAAACCCAAUUUUACUACAUUGGAAGAAAUACCGAAAGAGAAGCCUAUCGUAAACAAUAUUAUGAAUUUUAAACCAAUUCCUCCAGUUGCAGUGCCAGUAAUACCCCCUACUCCAGUUAUUCGUGAGUUAAAUCCAGUUAUUGUAAUGACAGCUCCUAUUUUCUCUGUAGAGCAUCGACGUUUGAGAGUUUUCGCAACUAUUGAACGAGACAUCUUUCAUGGUGCUGGUGUUUUAACUUGUAUGGCUCCAGAAGCCUUUCGCUAUGGUGAUAGCGGAGAUACUUCUACUACUACUAUGGCUUAUAAUAAUAAUAAUAAUAUUAAUAAUAAUAGUAAUAAGAGUAAUGGUAUAUCUAGUUUCCCUUUUGCACGACAACCUUUUCGUUGGUUUAUAGCACAUGCCUCAGGUUUUAAAAAUCUUCCACGAGACCGGGCGUUAACAUUAUCGAAUUCUACAACAACUUCAUAUAAGAAUAAAAGUCUUCUUCGAGAACUUAUGCAAGAGUGUCCAGAUGAUACAUUUCUCCCACUUGAUUCAUUACUUGCUCUUGGUAUUGCUAAUUCAUGGGUUCUCUCCUCCACUCCACCCAUCACGAUAUCUCUAGAAAUAGAUUUAAAUCCAGAUAGAGAUUUGGAUCACAUGGAUGCGGUGGAAAUUACACUCUUGCAACGUUAUUGGGCUCUCUGUAAGAAGGAUGUGUUGGGAGAACAGUUAUCCAAUUACACAUGUCUAGAGGAAGGAGUACCGUAUGUAGUUGGAGUGGAAGUUUACUUUGGUGAAGAAGAGAAUGAUGAUAUGAUGGAGCAUUAUGUGUUAGUGUUGCGUGAUUUAGUGAUUCCACACGGUAGCAAUACGAGACAAACGAAAAAAGAAUUACGUGAUCUUCUUGUUGCUACGCAUCGCUAA